GAUUCUUUUGUAUAUACUUUUACUACCCAUAUAAUUAAGAAGUAAAAUUUUUCUGGAAUAGUUUUUCCUUUUUUCUAAUAUUUUUCAAUAAUUGAUAAGAGGAUUACAAAACUUAUCCAAUAGCAAAUCAUUUGCAGAGGGGAGAGAGCGAGAGAGAUGGAGAUGGUUUGUUCUUCGUCCCUCAGCAUUGGCCUGUUUUCUUCGCCUUCCUCUAGGAUAAAUCCAAGUUCCAGAUAUCCGCCGCGUCUCAACUUCUCAGUGAAGUCAGAGGGAAGUUCGCAAUCGCAAAAUGGGGGCCGCGGCCGACGUCGAGUCUGGCGACGAAGAAAAUUGACAAAGAAGGAUGACAUGCUGCUAUAUAAUAUGGAACGAGUUCCUUUCCUCGAGGAGCAGGUGAGGCACAUGAAGGAAGGGGGAGGACUCUUGACAGCAGACUUAGAAAGACUAAUGUUGUCAGAGGACAACCGUUUCGCUUUUGUCAAUGAAAUAGCAGCUGAAGCAAAAGAGUAUGUAAAGAACAACCCUGACGCAUAUGGAUUUAAGAGGAAAGCGAUCCUUCAUGUGAUAAGUAACCGUAUGAAUGAAGCUGGUUUCGAUCGCCCUGAGGCAUAUGCAGAAUCUGACCCUUACAAGCCUGGGCCUGGUUAUAGAAAAGCAUUAGAAACAUAAACUGGAGCAGAUUGCAAGUGUUACUGCUCUUGUAGAUUCUGAAAUUGCUGUUUGUUUCUUUUUCUUGGGUUGAAGUUAUCAUUUAAGAUCAGCAGCUUGGUGUAUCUUUUUCUGUUGUCUCUAUUAUAUCAUAGUUGUUUGUA